AUGUCUAACUUACACCGACACCAGAAGUCUCACUGCGGACAGAAAAAAAACACCGUCGAGUGCGACCGAUCUUUGAAAAUAGAGCGCGUAUGGAGCUGGUGCGUAAAAAGCGAAGUUUCGAGCAACCCAGAAGAAGAAAACUCGACAAAUCCCGACUUGGAGUCCGCAGAGCCGCAAAAAGCUGUCCCACGGGUUAACAAACCCAACACUACCUUCGUCUGCGCUUCCUGCGGAAGAAAAUACGCCCGUAAAAGCUCCCUCAGGCGCCACAAGAAGAAAUGCGUUGUAGAGCCGACUCUUCAGUGCAUUAUUUGUGAAGAAAAGUUCUACAAGAAUUAUCAGCUUGAGCUUCACAUGAAACAAUGCCUUAAACGUAUACAAACGCGCACUGAUAAUUUAUAA